AUGGCUAAGGUCGAAACGCUCUCGUUGUCCUCGCUCGUCAGUCUGUUCAACGCCAAGGCGGCGUACCAGAUUGGAUAUGCAAGCUUGUUUGGCAUGACUCUUUGGGUUACUUUCAUCGGAGGUGUCAUUGCCUUCAAGGUACUCCCUAGGCAGCAAUUCGGCAACCUCCAACAUCGCACAUUCCCCAUCUAUUUCUCAAUCAGCAUCGCGCUGUCCUCCGGGCUGCUCGCGCUCUGGACAUGGAGUCACCCACUCGUCCUCACUCACUACCUUCAGCCUGCCGUGGCAGACGUCUCGCAGGCGUACACGCUUGCGAGUGUCCUGCUUUCCCAGGUGGUGAAUUACUUCGUCAUUGGUCCCCUGACUAGCAAGACGAUGUUCCAGCGUCACAGACUGGAGAAGGAGGAGGGUAAGGCAUAUAACGAACCUGGGGUUUCUGAGCAGAUGAAGAGCUUGAACAAGACCUUUGGUCAGCUUCACGGCCUCAGUUCCCUCGCGAACUUGACUGCCUUCUUUGCCUUGGUGUUCCAUGGCUUGUACAUCGGAAACGCCGGUGCGGGUAUCAAGAGCAUCUUCUAG